UUACAUAUUCAUGCCAUAUUUUAUUAAAAUAUAAAUUAUACUACUUGCAGAUAUUCCCGGUGAGGUCAAGAACGACACAAUUACAAUAGAAUGGGUGGACUUCAAAAGUGGAAAAGCCAGCAAAUGUGACGUCACAUUGGAAGAUGCAGAUGGAACACAAGUAACUUGUGUGUUGUGGGAGUCUUUUGCUGAUGAACUAAAGUCUUUUAUGGAGUCCAAGAAAAAUGAAGACAAAGAGCCCGUUCUCGUGGCUUUGCAAUUUGCGAAGAUAUCAACUUUAAAAGGGAAAACCUUGAUUUCCACAAUGAAGCAUGCAACUCGGUUCUUUAUCAGUCCGGAAAUCCAACAGGUCAAAGAGUUUAUUCUUAGGCGUGGCACUGGAAAUCUAUUGAGUUGUUCUAUAACAAACAUUUCGAGUGGUGGUGGAGAAUUAAAAAGUGAGGAUGGGUUGAAUUGUUCUCUCGCGAGAACCAUUAAGCAGAUGGUUAACUCGGAUGAGGUUGGUACCUAUAUAUGCAAGGGGACUAUUAGAGACAUUCAUCCUACGGAAUCAUGGUUCUAUGAAGCAUGCGGGAAUGAUAGGUGUUAUAAAGGUAUUGCAAAAGGAAGUAAAGUCGGAGACCAAUGCAAAAAGUGCAAGCGUCCGAUCGGGUCAAUCCAUAUAAGGUUAUUUACAUAUUCACCAUUAUUUUUUUAUAUUUGA